UGGAACGCGGUUGCUAUGGUUGCUGUGGCGGUGGUGUGCAGUGGGUAGGCGUGAGGCCUACUCGUGGGAAAAGGCGAAGAGGAGGGAAAAGGAAGGGAAGGGGGGAGCGCAUUAGAAGCAGGCGAGGAGAGUGAUCGCGGUGCAAUUGCAGGGGUAGGUAGCUGUGAUCUCUCAUUGCAUAAGUCUGUACUGAGCUACAUUUCCUGGCAAGAUGACCCAGGCUGAGAUCAAACUGUCUUCCCUCCUGCUCUGUGAACAUUUUGGUGAGAUUGUGGAAAAGAUCGGGACACACCUCAUUCGUAUGGGCAGCCAGCCCUUACGCAUGAUAGCCCAUGACACUGGGAUGUCACUCGACCAGGUCCGGAAGGCCCUCUGUGUCUUAAUCCAGCACAACCUGGUGACAUUCCAGCUGCAGAAGCGAGGCUUGGUGGAGUACGAGGCCCAGUGCAGCCAAGUGCUGCGCAUCCUCCGCUACCCCCGGUACAUCUACACGGCCAAGACCCUCUACAGCGACACCGGCGAGCUGAUUGUGGAGGAGCUGCUGCUCAAUGGCAAAAUGACCAUGAGUGCCGUCGUGAAGAAGGUAGCUGACCGGCUGACAGAAACCAUGGAAGAUGGUAAAGUGAUGGAUUAUGGCGAGGUCUCCAACACCUUCAUACACCUGGCAGACACGCACUUUGUCCAGAGAUGUGCAUCGGCUUCUGAAGAGCCAGAGUCAUCGGACAUCCCGGUUCCACCUGCACCCGUGCUGGUGUUUAACGAGAAGGACAUGUUUGCAGUUCCAAAGCUGAACCUCAUAGGGAAGGGCAAGAGGAGGCACUCCGAUAAUACCGAAGAAGACGGGGAACGGAAGGCCAAGCGAUCGAAGCAGGACUUGGACAGCAAGGAGCCUCCCCCAGACGACGGGAUCUACUGGCAGGUCAGCAUUGACCGCUUCCACCAGCACUUCCGGGACCAGGCCAUCGUGAGCGCCGUAGCCAACCGGAUGGACCAGACCAGCAGUGAAAUCGUGCGGACGAUGCUGCGAAUGAGUGAGGUCACCACCUCCUCCAACGCGCCACUCACACAGCCGCUCUCCUCCAACGAGAUAUUCCGGUCACUCCCAGCUGGCUACAACAUCUCCAAGCAAAUUCUUGACCAGUAUCUUACCCUGUUAGCAGAUGAUCCGCUGGAGUUUGUUGGGAAAUCGGGGGACAGCGGUGGUGGAAUGUACGUUAUCAACCUCCACAAGGCCCUGGCGUCUCUGGCCACCGCGACGCUGGAAUCGAUCGUUCAGGAGAGAUUUGGGUCCCGCUGUGCCCGCAUCUUCCGCCUGCUCCUGAGGAAGAAGCACCUGGAGCAGAAGCAGAUAGAAGACUUCGCCAUGAUCCCUGCCAAGGAAGCGAAGGAGAUGAUGUACAAGAUGCUGUCGGCUAACCUGGUGACCCUGCAGGAAAUCCCGAAGACCCCCGAUCACGCCCCGUCCCGUACGUUCUACCUGUACACCGUCAGCACGCUCUCGUCUGCUCGGAUGCUGCUCCACCGCUGCUACAAGAGCGUGGCCAAUCUGAUAGAAAGGCGGCAGCACGAGACCAAGGAGAACCGGCGUCUGCUGGAGAAGUCCCAGCGGGUGGAGGCCAUCCUGGCCUCGAUGCAGGCCACGGGCACGGGGGAGGCCCAGCUGCAGGAGGUCGAGGAGAUGGUCACCGCCCCGGAGCGGCAGCAGCUGGACAGCCUGAAGCACGACGUCAACAAGAUCGACGCCAGCGAGAUCCAGGUCGAUGAAACCAUCUUCAUUCUGGAAUCAUACAUCGGCAGCACCAUCAAGUCCUGAGCGUCCCUGCGUGGCUGCCACAGUCCCGCUCAUCUCGCUGGCCACGGAACGGCCCCGUUUCCCGCCACGAGCAGGGCUGAGUGGCUGCGGCGUGCAGAGCACUUCGGCCGGUUGCUGGGGCUCCGUUUCGGGCUCUUUUCCUUUCACUGCCAAUAAAAGGAAACAGAUCA